UCAAACCUUGCUCCAUGCUUGCUGCAGUAAUCUUUUGUGCUGUGAAGACUCCCAUCUAAACUGAUUUCAACCUUUUUUACUUAAUUCUUUUAUUAAUUGUUAUUAAAUUAAAAUGGCUCCUCAAGCUCAAUCUAAUAAAUCUGGUACCCAAAUGAUGGGACAGUUCAAAGAUAAAAGUAAACCUGAUGACAUUCGUGAUUCUAAUAUUCAAGCAGCUAAAUCAGUUGCAGAUGCUAUCCGUACUAGCCUGGGACCAAGAGGUAUGGACAAAAUGAUCCAACAGGAUGAUGGCAAUGUGAUCAUUAGUAAUGAUGGUGCAACCAUUUUGAAGCAAAUUCAAGUUGUUCAUCCAGCAGCUAAAAUGUUGGUUGAAUUAAGUAAAGCUCAAGAUGUCGAGGCCGGAGAUGGUACAACUAGUGUGGUUAUUAUUGCAGGUGCUCUCCUUGAUGCUUCUUCUAAGUUGUUGGCUAAAGGUAUUCAUCCUACAACAAUUAGUGACGCUUUCCUUGAUGCGGCCAACAAAUGUGUUGAAAUACUCGAGGGUAAAAUGAGCAUCCCAGUUGACUUGAAUGAUACCGAUUCUCUUGUCCGAGUAGCUUCUACUGCCCUUAACAGCAAGGUUGUUUCUCAGUAUUCAAGCUUAUUAGCUCCUAUGGCUGUAAAGGCAGUGCUUAGAGUAAAAGACAAUUGUAAAACUAACGAUGUUGAUCUUAAGGAUAUCAAGAUCAUUAAAAGACUUGGUGCCACUCUAGAGGAAACCGAGCUUAUUGAAGGACUAUGUAUUGAUCAUAGAUUUGCCAAUGAUUUUGGCUCUAAAAAAGUUGAAAAAGCUAAGAUUGGUUUAAUUCAAUUCUGUAUUUCACCACCAAAGACUGACAUGGAUAAUCAAGUCGUUGUCUCUGAUUAUACCCAGAUGGAUAGGAUCCUUAAGGAGGAACGAAAUUAUAUCCUGAACAUUGUAAAGCAAAUCAAAAAGGCUGGAUGCAAUGUGCUACUCAUUCAAAAGUCAAUUCUUCGGGAUGCACUCAAUGAGAUGGCUAUUCAUUUCUUCUCCAAAGCUAAAAUUGCUCUCAUUCAGAAUAUCGAACGUGAAGAAAUAGAGUUCAUCAGCAAAGCUCUUGGUUGCCGUCCAAUCGCCAGUCUUGACCAUUUUGUCGCAUCUGCUUUGGCCACAGCUGAUCUGGUUGAAGAAAUCCCCUUUACCAAAGUUACUCGAAUCAGUGGGAUAAAGAGCACUUCACCCACAGGUAAAACAGUUAAUGUUUUACUUCGAGCAUCUAACAAAAUGAUGCUUGAGGAAGCUGAAAGAUCAAUCCACGAUGCCCUUUGUGUCAUCCGAUGUCUAGUUAAAAAACCCGCUCUACUUCCUGGUGGAGGAGCUCCUGAAAUUGAACUGGCUUUGCAAUUGAGCCAGCUCAGCUCUUCCCUCGUAGGUCUAAAAGCUCAUUGCUUCCAAGCUUUUGCUGAAGCUUUGGAAGUUAUACCGUACACUUUAGCCGAAAACGCUGGUCUUAAUCCCUUGCAAACAGUUACCGAACUUCGUCAACGGCACUUUGCUGGCGAGAAUACUGCUGGUAUCAAUGUACGUAAGGCUAUGGUAACCAACAUUUUAGACGAGAAUGUUCUUCAACCUUUACUUGUUACUGCUUCAGCUAUUAAAUUAGCUGCAGAAACUGUUAGAUCAAUUCUUAAAAUUGAUGAUAUUGUUCACUCUGUGAGAUGAACUAAAAUAAAUUAUAAACAGUGAUCAUGCUAACCUGGAUUUUUGAAACUUAACAAUAUUAAAUGGUCAUGGAAAUAAAUUUUGUCUAACUUUAAAACAAAAUUUAAAUUUGGACUAAUGCUUUCUAACUUCAAUGAUUACUAUUAAACCUCUUUUUCACUUAUUA